AUGGCCGCCGCAGUUGUCACUCCGUCGCAGUCUUGCGCCAUGGACCACACCAUCCCUGAGGAAUACAAAGAAAAACUCGAUCCCGAAUGGGUCAAGAUGUGGAACGAGCAUGGUCUCAAUCAGAAAAGAGCAGAUGAGGUCGACAUUGAGGAGUACAGGCAAAAUCCAGCCGCUCACAGUUUAACAUACCCAACCUAUCCCGGACCUGACGUGUACAAGGUCGAAGACAUUGUGUCAAACGGCAAGAUUACGCGACGGCUUCCCGCACCAUUCAAUGGUCUGACAGCGCCUUGUUACAACAGCGUUGGAGGGCGACGACGAGGUCUCGAUCAGUGGGUAAAUCACGUUAUAGGAAGUGGGUAA